AUGGAUAAAAGAACCGAAAUAAACAAGAGUUUUAAAUAGUAUUACAAAGUCUCUUUUUCCAUUGUGUAUGCGGCAUCAGUUAGAGAUGAAUGGUUUAAUAGAGAGUUUGCUCAAUUUCUUGAUUUGGAUGAUGAUGAUUGUGAUGAUAUUAAUAAGUAUUUAAACAAAAGAAUGUACCUCAGAAGUGUUACUCGUUAAGAAAUGCAAGGGCAAAUUGAUUCGCUCAAAUUGCAAAUUGAGCAAGCGAGAUAGAACCACGAGCGCGCACUGAAAUAAAUUCGGUCUGAUCAUUAGAAAGAGAUUGCAGUUCUUUAGGAUGAAAUUAGAAGGACUUAGGAGAUUGUGUCCAAUGUGCAGUUUUAGUAGUACUUCAAGAUGAAGAAUGAUAACUAGAAGUUAUUAUAGGAGAAUGCGCUGUUGAGAGAUAUGGUGAGGGCUUGUCAAAUCACGAAUUCUACAAAGGAGAUGGAAGUGUCACGAUUGAGAUAGAAAUUACGUAGGAUAGAGGGACAAUCGUUGGAAGUUCGAAAAGAGCCUAGUAAUCAAUCACGAUAAAAUGAAUAUUCAGUUCUUCGUAAAUAAUCGAAUUACAGACAUCCCACCUAACCAUCCUUAAAUGAAUCGAAUACAGAACCAUCGCCUAAACUAUUGCCUAUCAAAUUCAAAGUUAAUUAAUGA